CUUUCACAUGGCCACGCCCAGUUCCAUUUGAUGCAUCGCCUCUUCUGCACUCCCACUGUCCAACUCACAGUCUGCGCAGGCCAUCAGCUCGGCAGCACGUCCCAGCGCAACAGAUUCUUGCAUUUGACAUAACUCUGAUUCUGCAACGUGCGUAGCCGAAGCCCUAAACAGUUUCCCCAGUGAGCAUGAACCUCAGUCUUCCCGACCAGAACAUGCACAACUCCAGUGAAGGCUGCCUAGAGGACGACAAACCUGAUGUCAUGUUGCCAUGCUUCCGCAGAAGCAUAUAUGACGAGCCUCUGGCCUCAUACACCAAUGGAUCCAUUAUCUCGCAGCUCCUUCGCAAGACAAUCCAGAGCAAGAGGGCACUAGAUGAAAGCCAUUUCUACCUUUCCAACUCCACUGCCGCUGACUCCGGCCAGGAGGACCAGAGCAGCGUCUCCUCAAAGGACAGCACGGUGGAAGCUGCCUCUCCUAGUGGGCACCUUUCUACAGGAGCCAUCCCGGAGGGGGAGCAUCCCAUGACUGACCACCUGCAGGCCAAGAGGGCCAGAGUAGAAAACAUUAUCAGGGUCAUGGCGGGCUCUCCCAACAGCCAGCAGCAUGGAGACAGUGAGAGGUCUGACACAGAUGCCAGAGACACCAGAGAGGCAUACAGGGAGAACAAACGUAAACAGAGGCUGCCUCAGCAUCAGGAACACAGUGUUGGAGUGGCAAACAGAAGACCUGGAAUCAGCAAUAGUGAUACCUGCAACACCAAGGAUGAGGAGUGUCACAAGCUGAAAGAGCAGCUCCACAGCAUGCAACGGCUCCUGCGUCAGCUCCAGGAAAAGUUUCUUCUAGUUUACAACCAGGAAAACCCUGAACACAAUGACAGAGACGAGACAGAAGUGGCUGUUGAGCAUGACAUACUGGGAGAAAGCACAGAGUCACGCUACGUAAGCAGUGAAGGUGAUUUUGAGAGGAAGAAUAGCAGAGUGACUGCAGAGUGUAAGGACCAAAUGAAAGUCGUUGGUUAUCUGGUGCACCACAGAGAGAGCCAGAACUUACAGGAAACCCUGAAGCAGGAGCUUUCAAGAGCUGUGAAUGACUGUGUAGACAGGGUGUUCAAAAAGCUGUCCUCCACGGGGCUGGACAUGUCCCCUCAGCAGCGCAUGUGCUCAACCCCAGAGAUGCAGAUCAGCAUGGGUGCAGAUAGGAAGAGCCAGCAUGCCCGCUCCAGCCAGGAACAGCCCCAGGCUGAGGAGGCUGCAGUGAAACCCCGCUCUUUGGAGUUUUAUGAAAGCAUUGAGGCUCAAAGCCCACAGGACCAGACAGAGGCACUAUCGCUGGUGGUCCGCAAGCCUGCAGUGACCCCUCUGAGCUCAGUCACCCCAACGGUGAAGAGGCCCUAUCCUGUACACCAGACACCAUUUCAGUUCAGUUACAACACCCCUCUACACGACAGUCAGAUCCUAGAGCAUCUUCUUAAGUACGGACCCCAUUCCAGCUUUGGGGGUCUCCCUUGCAUGCCCCCAUCAAUGGACAGGACCUCCCCAGACUCAGUGGACCUGCCCUGGGACACCAUCGCCAUGAGGUCCAAGGUGACAUCCAGCCACCUUGGCCACCACCCUCGUCCCUCCACUCUAGGGGCAGUGACUGUCGACAAUCUGUGUCUCCCCCAUGUCAAGAUUGAGUGCGGAGAACUGCAGAGCAUGGCUGAACGAAACCCCUACAUGUCACUCAACAUCCAGGAGGGUCUCACCCCGAGCCAUCUGAAGAAGGCAAAGCUGAUGUUCUUCUACACCCGCUACCCCAGCUCCAACGUGCUCAAAACCUUCUUCCCUGAUGUGAAGUUCAACCGCUGCAUCACCUCCCAGCUGAUCAAGUGGUUCAGUAACUUCAGAGAGUUCUACUACAUCCAGAUGGAGAAGUUUGCCCGCCAGGCCAUUGUUGACGGCAUCAAUGAUGUCAAAGACAUUACAGUUAGCAGGGACUCAGAACUGUUCCGGGCACUGAACAUGCACUACAAUAAAGCCAAUGACUUCCACGUUCCAGACAGAUUCCUGGAGGUUGCUGAAAUCACCUUGCACGAGUUUUACAACGCCGUUUCUGCAGCAAAAGAUUCAGACCCCUCUUGGAAAAAGGCCAUAUACAAGGUGAUCUGUAAACUGGACAGUGACGUCCCUGAGGAGUUCAAGACAUCUUCCUGUUUAUAGGCCAAAGUGGAAAGUUAUAACAGUGAAGGAGUUGAGUUAAGUUAGUCACUUGACAGUAUUAUUUCUUCCUCUCUUGUAGUGCAUUUUAGUGAUGUGAAAUGUAGA